AUGAAGGGCAACGGAGAUAGUGAUGAAAUCAAUUUAGAUGAUGAUAAGCCUCUUUUUCCUAGUUUCCAUGAAAGUAGUUCAAGUAAAAGGAAGAGGAUGGAUAGUGAUUACUCUAAUUCAUCUGAUGAUAAUGAAGAAUGUUGGGUGGAAGAGGAUAAAGAAUUUGAAAUGUUAUGUGGAUUAGCUUUGAAAGGGAUAAUACUAGUGUAA